AUGGACUUUAAAGGCGUACCUCCCAUGGAGAUGUCAGGGAAUGUCUCCGAAAAAUUCUGGAAACAGCGAUUCACAACUUACCUCGUGGCAACCGAGAUUUCAAAAAAGGCACAAGAGACUCAAUGUGCCCUGUUGUUAACGUUAAUAGGUGACGAAGGAAUGAGAAUUUAUAAUACAUUCACAUUCUUAGACGAAGAAAAAAAUAAACUAGAAGUUUUACUUACAAAAUAUGAUAACCACUUUACACCAAAGAAAAAUUUAACCUACGAAAGACAUCAAAUAUUAACCAGUAAGCAAACAGAGUUUGAAAGUAUUGAGCAAUUUAGUGUAAGAGUGAAAAAUAUAUCAUUAAACUGUGAACUAGAUCAACUAAGGGAGAGCCUAGUUAAAGAUAUUUUAAUUUGUGGUAUAAAAUCUAACGAAAUUAGAGAAAAACUCCUACAAGGUGAUUUAAAAACAUUAGAAGAAGUUAUAAAGAAAGCAGUUAUCAUAGAAAAGACUAAAGAACGUAAUAUGGCUAUAUCCAGUUACAUGGAGGCAGGUAAGAGUGACUUAAAUGUAGAUAAAGUAAACAAAAAACCCUCAAGAGAUGUAAGGGGAGAAUUCAGACAGAAAUUGGUGACCCAACAUCAAAGCAACAAUAACCGAGAAUGUAAGAAAUGUUCAUAUAAACAUGAUUUUAGAAAAUGCCCGGCUUAUGGUAAAGUGUGUGCAAGAUGUGGAGGUUACAACCAUUUUUCAUCAGCCUGCUACAAUAAGAAGAACAACAGAGAUAGAAGAAGUGUUUAUGCUGUGGGUGAUAACAGUGAAAGAGAAGUGAAAACGGUUUAUGUGGAAGCAAUUGAUAUGAUUUCAAAGAAUGGAGAAAUGACAUGGGCUCAGGAAUUAAAUAUCGGUGCAGUUCGACCCUAUAGCUUUGUAUCUAAAACUACUAAGAGGCAUGCUUCAUAG